AUGGCGGCAGAAGAGGAGGAUCAGGUCGAGAAUGAGCAGCUAGACCACCAAGUAGACGACGACGAUGCGGGGGAUGAAGAGGAAAUCGCCGCGAUGAAGAAGCGCGUGGAAGAGAUGGAAGCGGAGGCGGCCAAGCUGCGCGAGAUGCAAGCCAGCAUCGACUCGCAGACCGACAAUCUGCGGGAGAACAAGGAGGACAUUGAUGCGCGGUCCAUCUUCGUGGGCAAUGUCGACUACGGCGCCAGCCCGGAGGAGAUCCAGGCGCACUUCCAGAGCUGCGGCUCGAUCAAUCGCGUCACUAUCCUGCUGGACAAGUUCACCGGGCAUCCCAAGGGCUACGCGUAUGUGGAGUUUUCCGAGCCGAAUCUCGUCACGCAAGCUCUGGUGCUCAACGAGAGCGUCUUUCGCGGCCGCAAUAUCAAGGUUGUGCCGAAACGCACCAAUCUUCCAGGCAUGAACCGUGGUGGCAGAGGUGGUGGUCGUGGUGGCGGCGGUCCUCGUGGUCGCGGUGGGCCGUAUGGUGGUCCUGCGUCGUACGGAAGAGGGGGAUAUGGUGCUCCACCCCCGCGCGGCGGGUAUCGUGGGGGCUAUCGCGGCCGUGGACGCGGCUUCAACCCAUACUGA